AUGGCGCGUUGGGCUCACAUCCUCGCGCCCGCGUCCCGCCGCCGUGCGUCGCAUCUCCUCGAUCUCGCGGCGGCGCGCAGCCCCGCGCUGGCCACCCUCCUCGACACCUCCUGCGCCUCCUCGAUCGCCCCUUUCCGCGUCGCCUCGCAGCGCCAAUCCACGUCCGCUCCCGCCAACGCCGCUCCUGCUACUCCUCCUCCUGCUGCUGCUGCUGCGACUUCCGCGCCGGCCGCUAACUACCUUUACCACGAGAUCUACAACCGGCAGCGGCAGCUCAUUCCGAUUAACUACAUGGUGCCUGACGUGGCAGUCGACGCGUGGGUCGCGCCGAACGCGAUUCUCGCCGGCGGCGUCACGAUCGACGACCGCGCGUCCGUCUGGUACGGCAGCGUGCUGCGCGCCGAUCUUAACUACAUCCGCAUCGGCGCGUACAGCAACAUCCAGGACCGCGUGGUCGUGCACGCCGCGUCGGCAUCCCCGACAGGCCUCUCCGCGGAAACCACGGUAGGGAGGUACGUGACCGUUGGACAGAACUCCGUGCUGCGAUCGUGCGAGAUCGAAGACGAGGUGGUUAUCGGGCAGCGGUGCCUCGUUCUGGAAGGCGCUAUCGUGGAGAAAAACGCCGUGCUCGCGGAUUGCACGGUGGUCGGUCCCGGGCAGCUGAUCCCCGGCGGGCAGCUCUGGGCGGGCAGCCCGGCGAAAUUCGUGCGCGAGCUGACGGCGGACGAGGUGGCGGAGAUCCCGAAGCUAGCGGAGUCGGCGCACUGGCUGGCGGAGAAGCAUAAGGCGGAGUUCCUGCCGUAUUCCACGGCGUAUAUCCAGGCUGAGAAGCUCAAGGCUGCGCUUAAAGCGUCCUCUGCUUAA